AUGGUGGUGAAGUUUUGUGAGUGCCUUGGAUGGGUCUAUUUUCAUUCGAUUUUGGACGGAUUCAGUGAGCGAUUGGCGUUCGGUGUGAGGAAGGAAUUAACUGAGCUGGUCAAGUUGGAUGGAUUAGAUGCAAAACGUGCACGAGCAUUCCAUCGAGCACAAAUCUGCACGAUUGCGAAGUUGGCGAACACACCCGUGGAACAAAUCGCGAAAAUUCUUCGAUCUGCAGUUCCUUUCAUUGAAACGUUUGUUUAA